AUGUCGAAGCAAGCGUUAGGGAAAGAAUGCAAGAUUUGUACACGACCGUUUACGAUCUUCCGCUGGCUACCGGGAGCAGGGAUGAGGUACAAGAAAACGGAGAUCUGUCAGACCUGUGCUAAACUUAAGAACGUCUGUCAGACCUGUUUGCUCGAUCUUCAGUAUGGUUUACCCACCCAAGUUAGGGAUACCGCCCUCGGUAUCAACUCAAAAGCUCCUAUUAGUAAUAUCAACCGCGAAUAUCAUGCUCAGAACAUGGAAAGCAAAUUAGAAGGAUCCUCAGAUUUGAUUAACUAUGAUCGACAAGAUGCUGGCGGAAAAGAUGUACUGAAAAGACUAGCUCGAACUGACCCGUACUAUAAGCGAAACAGGCCGCACAUUUGUUCGUUUUACGCCAAAGGUGAAUGCGCUCGCGGUGAUGGAUGCCCAUAUCGUCACGAGGUGCCUGUUGAGAACGAGUUGAGUAAACAAAACAUCCAAGACCGAUACCAUGGACGCAAUGAUCCGGUUGCCCGGAAGAUACUCUCAGCCUAUGCACAGACGACGGGCCUUACGCCACCAGAAGACGAGAAUGUAGUGUCAUUAUUCUUGUCAUCGUUGCCGCCAGAAGCGACAAACGAGUCGUUGAUCCGACAUUUCUUCAACUCGAUCGGGAUCGAGUCUCCGAAGAUCAAGUCUGUCGUCGUGGUACCGACGUCGAAGUGUGCCUUUGUUAAUUUCGCCAGCCGGUCAAUCGCCGAAGAUGCCGCUAGUCGUUGCAGUGUCCGCGUCCAGAUCGCCGGGAAAGACGUCCUCGUCCGCUGGGGUCGCUCUAAGCCUAAGAAGAACGGCGCCGAGGCAGCCAGGGCCGCGCUUCCCAGACCAGCUGAUGAAGCUAACUCAUCCGUCGGAGAGCGUGAGAUCGCUAGUAGCAUGUAA